GGAGAUUGUUUGCAUAGAGCACGGCUGGAAUGUGGAAUUCGCUGCCACAAGCCGUCGCUGAGACAGAGCCGAACAUUUCCUUUGAAAGAAGGUUCAAGAUAAAAGGGGUUCAAGAAGAAAAGAGUAACCGGAGUUGGGCAGAUGAAUCGUGACAGCGCCUCCGGGAAGACUCCCGAGGAGAUGUACAUUCAGCAGAAAGUGCGAGUCCUGCUGAUGUUGAGAAAGAUGGGAUCAAACCUUACUCCAAGUGAAGAAGCUUUUCUACGCACCUACUCAGGUGUAGUGAGCAGCCAACUUAGCCAACUUCCACAGCACCCGAUUGAUCAAGGAGCGGAGGACGUUGUAAUGGCUUUCUCGAGACAAGAAGCAGAGGACAGGAGGCAAUGAAAUGGAAAGGUGACUGAUGGUCGGGGUGGGGUGAAGGGGAGAGGGAGGGUGGGGGAGGAGGCGAAGGGGGCAACAAGGUUCAGGAAGACGUCAAGGUAUUGCGGAGUGCCCCCCGCGUGUUGCCCGCCAUCUCGUGCACUGCGGGGUCACGCCCUCCCCCCCACCCCCAACGUCUGUGGCGAUCAAUCGACGGAUAUUCUCAACCGGAACUGCCUCUGACUGCCCAGGAGAGAGAGAGAGAGGGAGAAGAAAAUUUGCUUCCAUUUCCGACGGGCGGACAGAAGGGAUCCUCUGUCAUCUUUGCGUUUGGGGUUUUGUUGUGUGCGCGAACACGCGCGUGUAUGUGUGUUGUUUUCGAGUACGUUAAAGCCGUUCCCGAACUAUCACUCUCGACAGCCCAGCACGUGACUGAAGGUUGAUUUGCUGUUGUGUGCAGCCCUCCUCAUCCCCCUUCUCCCUCCCCACUCCCUCCACCACCACCUCUGCUCCCUCUCUCCCUCCCCACCUCUUGUGUCCUACCUGUGCGUAGCUUUCCUACUCCACUGUUGCAGAUGACGCACUGUUUUGCCAGUUUGUGCCGUGAGGAACUCGGGAGAUUUUACAAUCACGUCCGUGUGUACAGGUGCCAGGAGCUGCCUGCCAGGAAGCAACACUAGUGGCAACAAAUCAAUGGUUGAAUUUUUUUUUUAAUUUAAUUUAAAUAUCUUAGGUGUUACCGCGACUAGUUUAGAUCUUUUUGUGUGCGUGUGUGUGUUUUUUUUUAAAAAAAGGCAAUUAACCUCUUUUUAAGGAAGAAAGCGUGUUAUUUUUAUUGUAAUACCAUAGACAAUCUGUGUUUCAUUUGUGUUUGGCGACCAAAUUGUAUUCGAAUGGCUUCUGCUUUUUUUUUUUCCUCUCCCCACCCCUCUCUUUUAUCCCUCUUUAAGAAACUUUUUAAAAAAAGAUUUCGACGCGAACAGAAAAGUUUACUAAACUUAACACUGAUUUCCACACUGCCACAGCACAAAGCGAGCGCGUAAUUUUUUUGUGUGUGCGUGUGUGUUUUUUUUGCAAAGCAAGCAGCCUCUAACGCCAAGGGAUUUGAGGCGUAAGGGGAAAAAAAAGCUCAGAAACCCCGGUGGAGGGAAUCUGGUUGGAAUGAGCUCACUUUGGCUUCUUAAUGGGAUGCAGUUGCUGAGGUAACCCAGCCAGUGAUGGCAUCGUCAACCCAGGAGACCUCUGAUCAACCAUUUCAAAAUAGCUUCACGAGGCUUUCAACGCUGAAACCUUGAUGUGCACAAAAGGGAUGGUUCCACGUAUAGGGACAGGAGGAGGCCAUUCAGCCGCUCAAGCCCGUCCUGUUCCUGUCAUUCUAUGAGAUCGUGGCUGACUCCAGUUACCCGCCUUUGCCCCAUAUCCCGUGAUACCCUGACCUGCCAAUUUUUUUUAUCUGAAAAAAACUGACUUCUUGUUACUGAUCUCUUCCUCCGCGUAUGUGUGAGCAUGUGUAUAUGCGUGUGUUGCUUCAGAAAUGUUGAACUCCCCCCCCCCCCCCCCUUUACACAUACACACACACCCUCGGCUAUUUUGAUAUCACCCACGUUUCGUGAAAAGCUGAAGGCUCGUUGUUCAGAGAACUUGUACCUCUUUGCAUGCUUCUAGGACUGUUCACUCCUUUCCGAACAGUCUGGUUUUCCAAUCUGCAACGAUUGAUUUUUUUUUUAAAUCUACGUUUUUAAGGUUUUCGGGAAGUUCGCUGGUAUUUCUAAUUCAGUCGUGCCC